ACACUGGUUGACAUAUGUACACGUGUUUACAUCCACGUCCGGAUAUCGUUUGACCUUAACUCGACAUCAUACACGAAAGUAUAAAUAUAUAAUCUGAAAAAAUGUUUGUCCUCAAGCACAUUUUCUGUAUUUCGCACAGGACAAAGCUAAAAUUUGCGACUAAAGUUAACAAAGUGUAUUAAUGAUGAUGGACCAAUCGGUGCGUGUCAAAUUACUUGAUAGAAACCAGCAUCACUUGACGCUAAUCGGUUCGCAUAUUAAUGAAGCGAUAAAAAAACAGAACGGCCUGGAUAAGACGCUGUUUAAUAAUCAAAAUCUUACUUAUCUGAAAAUAUCGCUAACAUGCUUGUGGAGCAUACCGAAGGAAAUUGAAAAAUUGAAGGAUCUUACGGAGCUGGUACUGCGUUCGAACCAGAUCGAGGAGUUACCGGACACGAUCAACAAUUUGCAGAAAUUACAGGUGCUUGAUUGCUCGCACAACAAAUUGAAGAAAUGCUCGUUGGAGCUUCCUAAGCUGCAUAGGCUGAACCUUUCCUCGAAUCGUUUGUCACGUUUAACAUUGAUGCGUGCAAAUGUCAUGUUGAGCACCUUAAAUCUGGCAGACAAUCAGUUUAAGGACUUUCCCGACAUCUGUCACGAAGAAUUUACACAUCUGUCGGAGCUUUAUCUUAAUGGGAAUAUGAUAGAAACUGUUCCACCUAGCUUCAAGAAACUUUCAGCAUUGAAGAUCUUAAAUCUGGCAGACAAUAACUUUACGAUCUUUCCCGACAUUUGUUACUCAGAAUUUGAAAAUCUGUCGGAGCUUUAUCUUAAUAGGAAUAUGAUAGAAACUGUUCCACCUAGCUUCAAGAAACUUUCAGCAUUGAAGAUCUUAAAUCUGGCAGACAAUAAGUUUAAGGACUUUCCCGACAUCUGUCACAAAGAAUUUACACAUCUGUUGGAGCUUUAUCUUAAUGGGAAUAUGAUAACAACUGUUCCACAGCUGUCCCUUAGCUUUGAGUUUUCAGCAUUGAAGAUCUUAAAUCUGGCAGACAAUAACUUUACGAUCUUUCCCAACAUUCGUAACUACAAUUUUGUAAGUCUGUCGGAGCUUUACCUCAAUGGGAAUAAGAUACUUUAUAUACCGUGUAAUACAUCGGUUAUUUCAGAAUUGGCGGUCUUAAAUCUUGAGAAUAAUUUACUUAUAGAUCUACCAAAGGAAUUAGCACACUGUCCUUUAAAGAAGCUGAAUCUACAACAGAAUAAUAUGAGUGAUGAAAAACUACAACUGUUAUGUUCCCGUAUGGAUCAAACAGAAGAGAUUAAGGCGUAUGUGGGACUUCAACGAUACGUUCCAGAAGAUAAUUCAGUUCAGGAACAAUGGAGAGAGAAGAAGGAUUUGAGACCUUUAUUAAAAUUUGAAAGAAGUGUAACAGUGAUAAAAGUAGAGAUUGAUUGCUUCAAAGAGAUCAGACCUUUCAUAGCUGCAUGUAUUAUAAAAAAAAUAAAUUUCACAGUGCAAAGCUACAAAAACUUUAUUCAGCUGCACAGAAAAUUACAGGAUGAAAUGUGUGUCUUUAAAACAAAAGCUGCAAUAGCAAUUCAUGAUAUGGACUCUAUAGCAAAUGGGGAUCUGAUAUAUACAACAAAGAAACCUGAAGAAUUAAAUAUUACACCUUUAUCACGCAACAUGAAAUAUACGGGAAAACUUUUGUUUGAACAAUUGGAAGCAGAAGCUGAAACUGAAUGCAUAAUUAAAAAAAAUGAAAGCUACAGUAAAAGAUAUGAAUAUUUAUAUUUGUUGAAAUCGAAAUCCUUAUACCCAUGUUUGAUAGACGACUCAAAAGAUAUUAUAUCAUUUCCACCUAUCGUCAGCAGUAAUAUAACUAAAGUAUCUCCAUCCACUGAGACAGUGUUUGUGGAGGUAACAAGUACUGUAUCAAAUGAAAUCUGCAGGGAUGUAUUGAAUGAAUUCUUGAAAAAAUUGAUAGACCUUGAUUUCAUAGAUUCAAGUUUGCCAGAGGGAGAUACAAAAAAUAUGUUGAUUGGAGGAGUCAAAGUAGAAGAUGCCAAAUCUGGAAAUGAAAUACUAAUAUAUCCUACAUAUAAUGAUUUGAAACGAUUUCCGACAUAUAUUCGAAAAAAUUUUAUUUUUGAAAUUUGAUUAAAAGCAAAAUUUAAAAAAAAGACGCACGUAGGGAUCCCAAUAAUGUAUUUUUAGUCGUUCUAUUAGUAUUUUAUUAGUAUGUAUUCUCGAGUGUAUUAGUAUAAAUUUUAUUUUUUUUAAUUUGAUUAAAAGCAAAAUUAUAAAAAAAAAAAAGAGGAAUUUCGAUAAUGUAUUUUUAAUGGUUUGUUCAAAAAUGUUCGUUGUAAAAGAGAAUUUUUCUAUCAUAAAAUAAAAAAAAUUAUUUCUA